UGACAGUUGCCGCGAUUUAGUAUUUUCAUGACUUAUUUUCUUUCCUUGCGGAGUGAAGUUUAGCUGAUAAAUGGAAGCCAUACCUCCGUCAAGUGAACGCAAGAAAGUCGUCGUUUCAGCAGCUGAAUCGCCAUGCAGUUCGUUUUUGGUUUCAUACAUGACUCUUUUGGAAAAAAAAGGAUGAGCAAUUGUCUGAUAAAUUUAAAGCAACCCACCAUGCUGGUCAAGCGGCUUUCUUAGGGAGCGUUGGGAGAAAACGUUUCGCCAUUGACUGUAGGUCACUUUCUUGAAGAUGGAGCUCGACGACCUCGAGGAUGUCUUCGAUUACAAUUUAUGGCGCUUGUGGUAAAGGAGAUUUCCAUUACGUGUUUGAAAUCGUUUUGUUUUUCUAUGGAUAGAAGAAGUAUCAUGCGUAAGAAAAGGUACUAGUACCGCGGUAUGUCAGAAGUUGUUGCAUACACUUGUACAAGUAGUUUCUCAAUGCGAAGAAAAAAGUUCUAUUGAGGGAAAAAAAUAGGAAUAUCUCUCUAAAAAUUCGUGAGAAUUUCCAGUUCGACGCCAAGCAAUGGCAGGAGCGGGAGUAUCAGGAGCAAAAGAUGCGCAUCGAGCAAGGGGCGCUUUAUCGAGACGAUGUGCGCGACCUCAUGGAGCUCACUUUAAGAAGAGCUACUUUUGCAAAAAGUAAUAGUUUACAAAAAAUUGCGCCGAGAAGCAGAUGUUUUUGCUCCACUUGAUUAUUUGCAAAUAAUAGAUGCCAUUUUCACCUCCGAGAAUAGGAGUGUUGUUACCUCGACGCGCCUAGCACUCCAGACUCGGCUAUAGUGGAAACGAGGACCUGUGAGACGUACACAGAUAGCUCGAUGUUCCGAAGGUGUACGUAAAUUCGUCUACAGUCUGUCGCAAAGAGUUACCUCUAUGUGUACUUGAUUUAGACAAAUUAUAAUUCAUAGAGGUAGUUCCGUUGAGCUUGAGGUUCAGAGUGUCUGUCAGCUCUAAUUUGGACAGGGAAAAUGGACGUUUACCUGCUCGUUAACGCGCUCCUCCUGGACAUGAGCGUUAGAAUCCUCUGCAAAGGCCAGUACUCUUUCUUCUUUUUCGUCGACUACAGAGGCUUCAGAGAUCAGAAUCUAUUGAGUAGUUAGCGCUAGAAAAAGGAUUCUAGGUGAUUAUAGAUACAUUUUCAUGAGGACUUCAUAGAAUGAAAAAUGAUGCUGCUUUUCGUGCCUUCUUAUUUGUGGACGUCGAGCUGAACUACUUAGCUGUAAGUUUUCGUUAGCUUGUGCUUGAUUCCUCUUUUGUCCUAAUGGUGGAAUGAAUAUGGUCAACAGACGCUUUCUGAGCAACGAGGAGUACACGGACGCAGCUCAGACCUGAUAGAGCUGAAGAGAUAUCAGAUUUAGAUAGAUGAUACUUGUACUUAAAUGAAUCAUUGAUCUGCAUCAUCUUGUUCGUUAGAAAGUGACAUAGCUCCUUGAGGAGUGUCCUCAUUAUUGUUCUCUCAAGACUACUAAACCUCACCUCGCCGUCCUGGAGUCUCAACGCUGCUCCGGAGUGGUUACGGUGGCUGUACUAUCUUUAUGGCUUGCCGUAAUUCAUCUCGGGAAGCAUCUACUUGGGAUGGUUUCGUGAGUAAAAAUGACUACCAAGAAGACACUCUUCGGGAUGAAUUUUUCAUGGGGAAGGUCUAAUACCUGUCGCUUUGCAGUGGGUUUCUGCUUUUUUUUCUGUCGCUAUGGCUUGCAAUGCAUGCUUCGGUCGCGAGUCACUCGUUUGCCGUUCGGUUGCUGACGCAGUUUGUCCGCUUACCGAUUCCUAGCGAUGAGCAGCUGAAUGCGGUGCGACCUCGUGCCGAAGAAUUUGAGGGCUACAACAUGAAAGACAUGCUCCGUGUCCCGCUCAUCAAAGUGGCAGCGAAAAAGCUGGAAGCCUCGUUGCUGGGUGGAGAACAUCACGCAGCUAACUCGAACUGCACGGCAGCUUCGGAGGGCAGGUUUUGGGCGUCAGAAAUGCCCGCAACGCCCUCAUGCGACGGUAGCGGUUUCGGUUUGGGCGCGCUUCUGCCGGAAGACGAACGCAUCGAGGUGACCUCCUUGGAACACGUCAAGCUCUAUCGCCGAAUGCAAGCGAAUUUCAUAAGCUAUGACGCAUACGCGCGUGCAGGCACGUCGAUCGGGCUAAACUCUCUACUCUUCAGUCUUUGGUUAUGAAUAGCCCAUAAAAUCGAAGUCUAUUUUCAUUUUUCUUGUAGCUUGAUGUUGAUGACAGACGAGGCACUGCGCAUGAUUGACAAUCGAUUUCGGCAGUUAUUUCUUCAUACUGAUAUUUCUGUCUUGGCAUCGUGGUAACGGAGCACGCGGAGGCGGGGCAAUGGGCAUCCUGGGGCUGCUGUUUGAUCAUGGCUGUCAAUGUGCUUCUUGUCGCGAAGAUCGACUUCGAUUUAGGGGGGCGCUCUUUCGGCCUGAUCUCAGUGAUGAUUUUAAGGCCUGCCGUGAAUAAAUCUUCCACUUUCCUCGUAAACACCUUCACGCUCGACAAGGGUUUUGUCAAGGUCCAAUCUGAAAGCGUCUUCUCAUAGACGAGGGCUUUUUCACAGGUAAUAUCAGAUCAUUGAGAAGCUGCUCGCAUCGGGCAGAAAAGGCCGUCACUAGGAGCCCUAAUUAUUCUGCUCCCAUCAGUCUUCUCGGUACUAGCGGUGACUUUUUACCGGUGGCACAUGUAUCGCGCACACAUCUAUUUUGUGCUCUUGGUUUUCUUCUUCCACAUCUGUUGGAUCCUCGUAGUGCUGUUCCUGGUGAAGGCGGGCACAGACGAACAGGUGAAACUUCCACACCAGUUUCGGCAGGUGCUCUACCUCGACGUCUUCGGGCAGUGGUCAGAGAUCAUGCAGAGCAGCAACCCUUGGGCGUCUCCGAACCAGAAGUGGUGCCCUCGCCGAUUGGAUGCGCAUCAUCAGGCUUUACGUCUUAGAACGCUUUCUCUAGCCUCGACUUCUACUUCACCUCGUUUAAUUAUUCAUUGCUGAUGUGUCAUUUGCUCCCUAAAGGGCAUUCUCGAUUGAAUUAUCCUCGAGGUAGCGACUGAAAUAGAGGCUUUAUCCAUUAUCGUUGGUCACCUCCAGCAAUAUCGCUAUUUAUCUUGCUCUAAUCAAAGGGAGCGUGCAGCAGCCGCAUGCAAGUUCAGCAGCAGCUUCUCCAAGCAUGAUCGCUCAAAGCGGUGCAGAGCCUGUGGAUCCGUUGCCGCGACGGCGGCCUGAGUCACCGCCGGAGCAGUACCUGGCAGCCUACCUGUCCAUAUGCGGCAUGCGCCGGUUGAUGCGCGGCGGAGAGGUUACCGUGCCACUUGAGGCAGAGGAACUAGUCGCGGGCUACGAGGCUGUUGCAGCGCACCUCCUGGAGCCGCUAGAUGGGGUCCUCGUGCCACUGGUGUGCAUUUCAGCCAAAGGGGAGUUCGUCGACAACGUGAAGAAGAACCGCGACCGCGUCGCUUGUUUGUAUUUACGGCUGGUAUUAUACUGUGUCUCGGUGCUUUGAAUGAUGGAUGCAUCUUCAUGCACCAGUGACCAGAGAUACUUCAGACAAGUGUAGUCUUGUUUUACUUCCUCAUUGCGUAGCAGCCGUGGCCGAGUUUCUUAUUUCUACUACCGAGGAGCCGUAGCCAUUUUGGCUCAAGGGUGUACACAGGUUGUCCUCUUCGUUGGCUGGGGUAGCCUCUUUUGGUCCCUCCCCCCUUUUUUGUCAUGUUUUAAUCUUUCCCCGACUCUGGGGCUCUCAUCUGGUUUUGCUUACUCCAGCUCUUCUAGCGUGGCACUAUCUCAUGCGAUGUUCUUACUUCACUGCAAUUACAAAAUACUACUGGUUGUUCCUUCUACUACCGAGGAGCGCUCAUGAGGCUAUGAACCCUAUGCACUCCAGGGCAUACUAAAGAUUUUUGUCUUGUCGUACGAAACUGAAAAUUCCUAGCUAGCGCUAGGGUCUGUUCACGCUAAACCUUUUGGUUAGCGCUACCCACUUAAUACAACUGACAACAAUUCAGACCUGAGCUGAGACUGCUAUCUAUCGGGGACUGAGGAAUGUCUCUACACUUGAAAUCUGGUCUAAUGUAUGAUCCAAUCUCGCGUGCGGCUAUUAUUCCCGGUGUCACCGCGGCGCGAGCACAGGAGCAGCAGCGCGUGUGUCUGCCGUUGGCGACUCUACGUCGCCAUCUUGGAGUAUUGGAGGCGGCCGGGCUGGAGGACCUGGUCUCUUCUGCAGGGGGGACGUCCGGGUCUUCGUCUGCAAGCAGUAGCGCUGCUCCUCGAGGGGUGUGGAGCGCGCUGCGCCGUCGUGCGCGUCGAAACCGCGGUAGUGACGGCGAAAAAUCCGUGUCGCCAAAGCGCAAUAGACAACCGGAGGCACGGCCGAGCGACCUUCAUAUGCUCUAUGGAGACGAGUCAGGAACUGGCACUUCACUCUCAUCGGCAUAUGCUUCUGGUGUUACGAAGAAUGCCAAUCCAGAAGACCAUAGACAGUGUCACGGCGAUCCAGCGAGCUAUUCAGCGGCCUCAUCCCGAGAAGCCAGUCGGAGCGUGCUCGUCUCCAGUGGCACUGGGGUGAACAAUACACCGCGCAAAGCGGCGACGCCGUCUGGUGGUGCCAGCAGUAUUUCGUCCCGGCAGGACGACGUGACUAGUAGUGAGAAGGAGUCUUGGGUGUCGCAGCUUCGGAAGCGGCUAGCUUGGCAACUCGCCGACCGGACUCGGAGCGCGAUCGCGAACGAAAAUGUGAAACACCUGCGGGCGCAGCAGCCGCUGUUUCACAAUCGCUAUAUUGACCGCAGGGUGGCGGAACUGAAAGAGAACUCCGUCACUUCGAGCUGCGCUUUUUUCCCGGUGAACAACUUCAACCGCAUCCGUCUCGGCCCCGACGCAUCUACGCUGCGCGACGCGACCCUUGCGCACGUGAACGAAGAGGAUGACGAGGAACAGCUCAUCGCCAGCGGUUCGCGCCGCUGUUGGGCGAAUCAAAUGCGCCCUGGGAACGUGCCGUGGUUCAUGUUUCUAAUCGCCAUGACACUUUUUCUUUCGCUUUGGGUAGCUGCUUUUCUCUGGUUCUUCAAGCGCCUUUUCAGCGACAGUUAUCGUCUUCACAUGUUAUACGGCCCUGACUACUUGAACUUGGUUAGGCACCAGGAAGAUGAGGCGAGCACCAGGACAUACAGUCAUGCCGCUGACGCAGGUGCAUUGGAAACUCAGGGCCAUGCCUCGACCGCUGCUGUCUCUAGAGCAGAGUCAUCGUGGCAAGCUGUUUGGUCGAACUCUGCGGUUGCGGCAGCGGCGGCUUUGCCCGAAUCAUCGUCGUGGCCGAAGCGUUCCGCUUUGGUGGUCAAUAGCCGUCUCGUUGAAAAGGUGGAAGCGCAAAUGCCGAUCGCGCCAGAGGAAGCUCUACGCGCAACUUGGAUUCAGCCUGGAAAGCAGGAGACACUUCUUAUGGCUUGCCCCCGAUAAUCCAUCUUGAGAGGCACCCUGGAGAUGUUUUGAAGGGAAAAGAAAGGGUCUCAGGGUGUAGCUCAAGGCAGCUCAAGGUGGAUUAUUGUGGGCAUCACUAAAAAGAGGCAGGCAAAACAGGCGACUUCACCCUGGAGGAGUGCAGAUUCCAUCCAGGCUGGGCGUGCGUCAGCUGUUCGGAUCCAGGAACGCACCUUAGUGUUGCCUAGUCACUUGAGGAGCUUGAUGCCUAUACCCGUAGGCGUGCAAGGGUUGUUGCUCGACUCACGUGGCCGGCUGCGUUCCGCUGGGGACGGAGCACUGAUGGCGACGCGCGUGCGCGAUGCAGCCAUCGUUUGUUCGCCUUCUGUGAGAGGCAGUGGAAGAAAGGAGGGGGCUGAAACUUCUACUAGCACGUCUGCUAACUCUCCAGGAUUGUCAAAGAAAGAAGAUGCAUUUUGCGCGAUCGUCGCGCUGCUGCUGGACGGCGUACUUCAGGUUUACGAGUGGUCAACGGGAGAAGGUAAGCCCUCAGUUACACAAGUCGGGGAGCCUGUUCCACUCUUGCGUGCAGGUGCGGAGUCGUUGCUGGUUGAUGUUGCCGACACGGGGGAUGAUAUUGCUGUCUACAUCUUUGUGGAUGAGCAGUCGGGGCAGGGAUCAGCGGAGCUCCUAGAACGAUCACCAAGCGGGAAACUGGCAGGGAGGCAAGUCCGUCAUACCCCAGCAAGUCGACGUCGUGCUCGGCGUAAGUUACCAGAGAGAAAAUCGGAUUUCAAAAAGGACGCGCGAUGCGUCGCACAAGCAGGCGAAACGAGAGAGCGGGGCAAUUAUGCAGAUGAAGAAAGUACUAGUCGGCGAGGGAAGCGUGCUAGUAGAAGGUCUAAUCAUGGAUGGCUCCGGGGCGGCCACCGUGCAUCGAGAAAGCGCUGGAAGUCAACGGUUGCAAAGCACAACUCGAAUCCUACUCAAGUGCUAAAGUUUUCAUUGAAGUUUUGGCACGAGGCAGGAGGGGCGUCAUCGCGUGGAAACCACAUUGUUCAUCUGCAAAAACAUUACGACGACACUCACGCUGCUGAUACUGCAGUCCGACUUCAUGCGUUGCUUCUACCUACAUGGGAGCAGAAAAUUCUCACGUGUCCGGAAGAGAUGAGUGUGGCUCAGGAUUGGUCAAGAGAUGGACCGGCUGUUUACAGACCUGGCGCCAUCCCUAACGCUGGAGCAGGUGGCGAAGAAUCAGCCUCAAAAGAACUCGUCGUUUCUUGCUCCCAAGUUUUAGAUCCCAGACCUGUGCGAUUCCUCGUUACUGACAAUAAGUUAAGAGGAUCUCUUCGGCAACAUCCUUGCUACAGCGUGGUUCUAGAAAAAUGUAAAUAAGAUGUUUCCUUCAGUGGAAGUGCCGACUCACGCGUCGGAGGUGUGAAGGAACAAGCACCCAGGGCAAGGAUAUUGCGACGAGCUCUAAGAUGCAGCUUGUUUGUGGAGCGCGUUGUUGCUUCAUCGGCGUAGAUGGCUCACUUCACUGUGCCGCACGACGUGGCGCCAUUGCAUCAUAGGUUCAUCAUCAAGUCUGGGUGGUCUGGAGAAAUAAAAAUCAUAACCCUGCCCCCCAAACUGCUGACGACAUUCAACAAUUUUGCAUUUUUUUGCGGGUCUCUAGAGUCCUUCCAGUGCAGUAGUCAAAUCGAACUGUUGCUCAAGCAGCAGGAGCCUACAACAAGAAU